CAACAACUACAACCCCAACCCCUACAACAACUACAACACCAACCCCUACAACAACUACAACACCAACCCCGACAACAACUACAACACCAACUCCGACAACAACUACAACACCAACUCCGACAACAACUACAACCCCAACUCCAACAACGACCCCGACUCCAACAACAACUACAACACCAACCCCUACAACACCAACCCCUACAACAACUACAACCCCGACCCCGACAACAACUACAACACCAACCCCGACAACAACUACAACACCAACUCCAACAACAACUACAACACCAACCCCGACAACAACUACAACACCAACCCCUACAACAACUACAACACCAACCCCUACAACAACAACCCCUACAACAACUACAACACCAACCCCUACAACAACUACAACACCAACUUCAACAACAACUACAACCCCAACUCCAACAACGACCCCGACUCCAACAACAACUCCAACUCCAACGCCUACAACAACUACAACACCAACCCCUACAACAA